AUGGGAAAGUGUGCAUCAAAACGUUCUUUACAUGUCCAGAAUAACUUAACAUGGUCUAACCUUGAUCUGUCUGAGAAAUGCCACCUAUCAGAAUUAAGAACGACAGAAUUGGAGGAAGAGAUAACAGAAGUGAAGAAAUGUCGAGACCCCCAGCGAUCAAAAUAUGUUGAUAUUGAGAGAUCUAGUGUGGGGUCAGCUUCAACAGAUUGUUUAAAAGAACAAAUCAGUAAAGAUAUUGAAACAUUAAAAUCACGUCUUUAUAAACGACAGGCUGCUCUUGGUGCUCUGAAAGGGAAGCAACUGGCGUUACCACUGAAAAUCAGUGAGCAGACGGAAGAUAAUGAUCAGAAUUGUUAUUAUGUUCCUGAUUCUCCCAACUCUCCCCUAGUUGAUGCAUUAACGAUAGACUUCUUCAAUGGAAACUACACCAAAUCAGGCAUCAAACCAGCCUCGUUCUCAUCCUUCGACGGCAAAUCAUCGCGUAUUCAUUGUGAUGCGUGUUAUAAAAACACUUUAUCCAAUAAUACAUCAUGUCCCACACUACAUACAGAUUACUACACCAUCAACACAGCACGCAGUUCACAACCAAACCUCACCACAUCAAGUAGUUCCAGUACCAGCGGAAUUGACGUCAGCCCCCGGCGAACACGAAGCAUUAAUGGUCAAAUUAAACGUAGAAGUUUCAUUCGUCAUUCGUCCCGAUAUCGAACAAACAGUCCUGGUAGUAAAACUGACCAAUCAAAUGCAUCACGAGAAUCUCAGCGACCCAAUAGUGUAGGAUCAAUUCGUCUGGAACCAGAUUCACCUUCUGCGUUCCGAAGAUCUAGUUAUACUCUAGCUAUUGAGAGUCAAACUGACCUGGAUAAUCUAGAACCAGUGGCUAGAGAUCGUAGUCUCAGUUUUCAGGCUGCUAUAGAAUAUGGUCAGAGAAGUCCAGAUUCAGCGUUAGAAUUAAACCCCAGUAUAGAACUGUCUGAUAACUCUGACUUCCAGGAUUACCGUGGUUACGAUAGUUAUAUAGGUCAAGGUCAGAAGACAGAGGUUAAGUCUGUCAGUUUUGAUAUUGAUGAUUAUGAAAUAGAUGAGAAUAAUGAUAAUUUAUUGAGAUCUACCCCGAGUCCCCAUCGUAAAUUAUCAAUCUUACAAGAGGAGGAGGGUGAGAAUCAUUCUGAUCAAAAUGGAAAUGUAAUUUCUAUCUCUACAUCACGAUCUGGUGACAGUAAACAUUCUACUUCUCAUAAGGAUAUAACAAUGAAUGAUGACAUGUUAUUUAUAUUGUUAUAUUAUAUUUAUAUUGUCUACUAA